ACUAUUUUUAGUGUGGUAAAGACGACGAAUAGCAAUUGACUCAGCUGUCACACCACAUACGUCCAAACCAAGAAAAGAAAAGUGAAAGCUAAAACUUGAGGAAUGAGAUGUGCGCUCUCCCUGUUCCGCGUGAAGUGACGACACACACACAAAAAGUCUGUGAACUGCUUCUAAUCCAGUAAGCAGAAGGCUCACUGAACUAUCACGAGUAUAACGAGUAAUCCGCACUGCGGCGUAAUAAUUAUCCCGAAUUUUCUUAUUAUAGGCUCAGUUUAAUCGAAGUAUAGUUGCGUAAGUUUGGGAGUCUCCAACACGCUAAAAACAAGUUUGUUACUAAGGAAGUUUCUGCUGUUUCUAUAAACAAUGUCUCCUUCUGCACGUCCCACUUCUGUGGCAGAGCUGAAGCAAGCCGGCAACGAUUGUUACAAACGGGGGCAGUAUGGGCAGGCCGCUGUCUACUAUUCAGAAGCUAUAAAGAAAUUAGAAGCUUCAGGUAAGAGUGGUCGGGAGCAGCUCAGCAUUUUGUAUUCAAAUAGAGCUGCGGCCUUCAUAAAAGAUGGGCAGUGCUCUGAAUGCAUCAAAGAUUGUACUGUUGCCUUGGAGAUGGUUCCAUACGAAGUGAAGCCUUUAAUGCGUCGAGCUACAGCAUACGAAUCACUUGAGAGGUAUUCCAUGGCUUAUGUCGACUAUAAGACAGCCUUGCAGGUGGAUAAUGGUGUUCAGGCAGCCCAUGAUGGCACCAACAGAAUGACUAAAGCUCUGAUGGAACAGUAUGGUCCAGGCUGGCGUGAGAAGCUUCCUAAAAUUCCAUCUGUGCCAUUGUCUGCACAAAAGAACUGGCAGUCACCUUCCCCAGUUAAUGUAAGUGCAGAUGAAAACAAGAAGGCUUCAGAAUUGCAGAAGGACAGCAAAAGGCUACAAAGUACAGGAGCUACUCCUGAAGCAAAGGCGCAUGCAAAGGCUCUCAAAGAAGAAGGGAAUGCAUUUGUGAAACAAGGAGACUUUAAAAAGGCUGUGGAGAAAUACACUGCAUCACUCCAGCUUGACAGCAGUGAAUGCACAACUUACACCAACCGAGCACUGUGUUAUUUAUCCCUAAAGCAGUAUCGAGCAGUAGUGGAAGACUGCAAAGAAGCCCUGCGCCUAGAUCCUAAAAAUGUAAAGGGACUCUACCGCCGAGCCCAGGCACUAAAAGAACUAAAGGUAACAUGA